UAUAUAUACAUGAACAAUAUCUUCAUAGAGGAAAAAUCGUGUUUUAAUUAAAAUAAUUGAGAAUCGAAGAGAGUUUGAAGAUGGGUUCUUCCAAAUUGUUGAUUGCAUUCACUCUCGUGGUUGUGAUGGCCAUUUCCUAUGACCUCUUCGAUGGAAUAGGAAUAAAUGCAAGAACUGUGCCUCCGACUUGCUACGAAAGUUGUAACGCAACAUUUCAUAGUCCAGAAUGUAACAAAAUGUGUGUAGGAUUGGCUUAUAAAGAUGGUAGCUGCAUGUAUCCUCCCCCUGCCCUUGAUGGUCCUCCUCAGAAGCGACCUUACUUUCCUCGUUGUUGUUGUAACCCUAUCAUUCUUCCACCUCCUUCUCUUUGAUCAAUAUAUUUCCUUUAAUUUAUAGAUUUUGUUUUAAAGACAUAUCU